CUAUAUAUCUCAGAUUGAGGAAGCGAAAUGAGCAUAUGUACCUAGGUAGGUAUGUACUCCGAAGCCAAAUUUCCACCUUGAACGAAGGUCAACGGGUACACGUCACACCAUCUACUCCCGUCGGCCUUUCCCAAGAUUGCGAAACUAUGGGAAGCGGCCGUACCCGCCGAAGUCUACCCAGUAGGUUUGCUUGGGUCCUUCUUCAUCGUGUACCUUCCUAUCUGAUUAGGUAGUAUCCUAGGUUAGGUAGUUCCUACUAGGUACUCUGCUACAUAGGAGGUAGGCUAGGUACUUACUUCCUUUUAAGUUUAGAACAAGAGGUAAAGAAAAGCAGAAGAAAAGCAGAAGCUGCGUGUCAAAGUUGAGCACUUCAACUCAUCCUAAACAUACCUAAGAUAGCUAAGCUAUUGGUAAACAUGGACAACCUCUCAAUCAUAUCCCCGUCUUCUUCUUCCUCCUCCUUCAGCUUAGGGUACCCAACUUUGAUUCUCUCUUUUCAAGCGUUGCUUUCGCUACCAUAAUUCUUGGCUUAUUUUCUUGCUUUCACUCUCGUUUCUUUUUCUUUUCUCUUUUUUCUUUUCGUUGCUAAUACUAUCAAUUCUGUUCGAAAUGGCCACCGAGAAAGAUAUAUGGGCUUUUCAUCCCGAAUCGCAUGCCUGUUCCCCUGAUGAUCUCCAUGAGGUCUGUCUAGACGACGAUGCCAAAGAAGCUCGAGCCCAUAUACCAGCUGGGAGCCGACCCGAAUGCCUCAAGAAUGCUGCCCACGAAUGUGUGUUCGUGGCUCUCAUUGCCUUUGCCGCUGCUACUCCCGUCUUCCUUCAGCGUUCUGUUGUUGUCGUUGCGGGGCCUAUAUCUGAAGCGCUGCAAAUGACUCCGGCUCAGAUUGCCUGGACCACGGCAAGUUCUGGGCUCACGACCGGUGCAUUCUUGCUACCAUUUGGCUACAUUGCCGACACUUGUCCUGUUCUGCCUCGCAAAACCCUCCUGAUCUCUAGCUUGAUAGCCUUUUGUCUACUUGUUUCUUGCACGUCCUUUUCUCGGAACGGCAUUGUACUCGAUGCUAUAUCCGGCUUGACCGGUAUAGCUUGUGCGGCGAACGUCCCCAUUGCUGUGGGCAUACUGAGUCUUGUCUACCCUACACCAUCCCGCCGCAAGAACCUUGUCUUCUCCUCUUUCCUCAUGGGAACUCCGGUAGCGACCAUUAUCGGUGGCCUCGGUUCUGGCGCCUUAGCCCUCGAAAUUGAUUGGAAAGCUCCAUUCAUUGCCUUGGCAGCAUUGUACGCUGUCAUCUCCGGACUUGCCUGCGUAUUUGUUCCAAACAUUCCGGAGCCCGAGGCAGCGCAAGAGAGGACCGAGGUACGCAUUCUCGCAGAGCCGGAGGCUUUUCCUAUGCUCUCCGUAGAGAUGCCUAAAGAGAGAUCUCCUUUCUUGCAAUUCGAUUGGUUGGGCUUGUUUUUACUAAUCACAGGACUCCUCCUAUUCACCAUUGCUUUGACAAUUGGCCCUCAGGGUCCGGAGCCAUGGAAGACGCCAACGGUUAUCCUUCUCCUGAUACUAGGAUUGCUGUCUCUGGGAUGUUUUCUUCUUUGGGAGAAUGUUACCCAGGCACCGAUGAUACCUCCAUCCAUCUGGGAAAACUUGACGGUAGCUUUGAUGAUUAUCUGCACAUUGAGUGCCGCUAUGUCUUUCUACUCUCAGCUAUUCUGGGUCUCUUUGUUCAUGCAAGACCUGGGGGGCCUCAAACCAUUUGAUGUUGCUAUAAGGAUGCUGCCACAGGCUCUUAUGGGCUUGGUGUUCAGCCCUCUCGUUGGUUUAAUUAUGCAUAGGGUACCAGGAACUGUGCUAUUAGCUAUGGCCGCUACCUCUCUCGUCGCAAGCAACGUCCUUCUCAUUUUCUUGCGUCAAGGGAGUAACUACUUAAUUUGGAUAUUUCCAUCGCUUAUGUUAAGCACCAUUGGAAUGGAUUGGACUAUGAACGUUGGGUCGCUUUACAUUUUGUCUUCUCUCCCGCUUAAACACCAUUCUAUCGGGGCUUCACUCCUACAAACCACAAGUCGUCUUGCGGUUCCUCUUGGUAUGGGAGUUACAACUGCUAUCUGGUCCUCAUAUGACGAAGUGCGGCUGGAUGAUUAUCCAGAACUUCCAUACACAAACACAUUCAUAACAACGACGGCUUUCGCAGGGGUCUCGCUUCUCCUGGUACCAUUCCUUCGAAUUGGGAGACAAGGCCAUUUGAAGCGCGAGGCAUCAGCAUCAGAGCAUAGGAAUCGCAAUGCUAAGCCAACCACACCAACUCUUCCGCGACUUCCACCAACACCACCUCGACACUUUCAUCAUGAACAUGGACAUCGUCCAAGCAAACGUUGGUCCCCCGUUGACACUGUGGCCACGUCUAUCGUCGGCGAGAGAAAGCACACAGCAGCUGCUUCAGUGUCCUCCCAGUCGUCACGCAAAAGUGCAGACACUCCCAAGACGAGUAGUUCAGCAAGGACUACUAUCCGGCGGGGGCGCAGUCCAUCCGAGAGGGUUGUUUGGAUUGUCUGCGAGGAAUGCGGUACGAGUAAGCGUCACACCCAGCCGCGUGGCCCCAUAGGAGAUCCAGCACGGUAUUUCAAUGACCCUACGUUUAGCGGAUCCGUUGAUGGUCGGAAUAAUCACCAUCAUCCGACAAGCAGUCAGACUGCGAGCAACAACGGCAACGUCCAAAAUCAUCAUCAUCCUCAUCAUCACCACCCUCCGCUCCCAAGACCAUUCGGGGGGCGCCGGCGUCUACCGCUUGUGAACCGCCAGAUUAUGACCCAUCAGAUGUUAACGCAGGGGUUUCAGCCUUGAUCACCAUCGAGAUGAAGCCACCUUGACUCGAAGACAGAGGGGCAGUUUUUGUAUGUAUCCUGGAAAAAUGCAAGGAGGGCUUCGUAGGAGACGAACCUGUAGCGGGUUCAGUUUCAAUACUGAGUUGGAGAAGUAACUUGGGGAGGUGAGAUAUGACUUAUUCACAACAAGUUUUGGUAAGGUCACAAGACCUUUUUGGAACUUUCUUGGGCGAAGUAUUCAACGACGUGGGACAUGUAGUGUCUUGCCGGAAAUCCAAUCCUUUACACGAAGUCGGAUCCAUAUAUAGAUAGAUUAGUGCCUCAUCAUACCGUCAUAAUACAUCUAAUACUUGGAG